CUAUGAAUGACCGAUAAUCGACUCGCGACUCAGCUCAGCCCUCAUAGAAAUAAGGAAGAUUGAGAAUUAAAAUCAAAAGGUACAUGAGUCCAGUGGGAGUUAGUCAAGAUGACAGCCAUUCGACAUACGCUCCAGCGUGACGUCUUCCUACCCAAUGAUGAACGUCUGAUCGGGGUUGUCCACGUCUCAAAAGCUGGCAAGAAGAAGAAAGUUAGCUUCCUCUGUGCUACAGUGACUACUGACCAACCUGCCCAGGUAUGCCUUCACAAAGUGAAGAAGACAGAUAAAGAUGCUUACAAGAAGAGACAGUCAUGGCCAUUAGCUGAGCUCAAGAUAUGUGAUGGAAAAGAUCCCAAAACUGAUGUUCCUGAUUUUGACCUUCAUUUUGAGAAGGUAUACAAGUGGAUAGCAAGCAAUGUAGCAGAGAAGAACGCUUUCAUGUCAUCACUUUGGAAGUUGAGUCAACGAUACCUGAAGCAGCUGAAGAAACCAGAUUUCAUCAAUGUGAAGCCAGCUCUUCUGGAAGAAUAUUUAUCGUUGGACCAAGCUAAGGUAGCUCAAUCCGAGGAUGAUCUCAAUAAUGAAGAUUACCAGGCGUUAUCAGGGAGGGAAGAAGCAGACCUGGAGAGGAUGAUGGCAGAAUGUGAGUUUGCUAUCGGCAACGCUGAGGCUUUCAUUGAACGCUUGGCCAAUGACUUGUCCGUUCUGGAUGGGGCCAACAUUCACUCUAUCAUAGAGUCCCAGCAGGAGGUGGCUAGACUCAUGUUUCUUCUAGAUGAUAGCUUGAGGGAGGUCAACAAGGUCGAUUCCAGUCUGGAUGAAUAUGACAAGAUGUUAGAGGGUGUGCGGGUCCACAUGGAGAUCAUGGAGCAGAAGGAUUCCAUGAUCCAGAUCCAGAGCCAGAAUCACGGCCAGCUCCUGAGCGGCGUUGAGACCAUCAUGCAGAAGCUAGACAUGCCACACCAACAGCAGCUAGCUCUCCUAGACAGGGAUCUAGGAUCACCCAAAGGCAUCAUGGACUGUACAGCUGCAGCUCAGGUCCUCCAGGAGAAAAUGGAUGCAGAACUUUUACCAGGUCUUGGUAAGAUGCGUGCAGUGGUAGAACAGAGAGAACUCUUGACCAACCUCCAGGAGAAGUUUGCACAAAGGCUUGCCAUUCAUCUUAAUAACGUCUUUAUACAACAGGGAGCAGACAUGAGUGAGAUGAUGCACACGCUGGGUAAUCGUCUGACCCUCCCUAAGCAUUUCACCUUCCACCGAGAUCUCAUCCCCUAUGCUGAACUCAUGCAGUGGCUCAGGAAGGCAGAUCGCACAAGUUUCCAGCAACUUGGAAAAAUCUACACAGACAACUUGAAGAAGGUGUAUGAGAGAGAAUUGAAGGACUUCUUUGAGAGAGCUCGGCAGGCCGUCAUGAUGAAGGGCAAGACUGCUGAUAUCAAGAAGUAUGGUCUGAAGGGAGACAAGGGCAGCACCACCCCGGAGCCCUCCAGGGGAGGGGCCAGGACCAAGACCGGUACCCCAUCCCUGCAGGAGUUCUCAGCCAACCUGAAAGCAGCAGAGACAGACCUCAAUGAGAAACAGAAGUUUGAUAUGGUUUUCACUCAGCUGUUGAAUGAGAUCCAACCUAUGUGCAACUCGGAACAAGAUUUCUGUACAAAGUUCUUUGGCUAUGGUCUGGAUACAGAGGGCGUGGAUGCUGAAUUCUUCCCCAUGGCAGACCAGGUAGAUGGAGGCUCGUUCAGCAGAUACAAGAAACAUGAAGGCCAUGAGGAAAGGAAAGGAGUUGCAUUUGCAUUAAACCCUGAGCUCAGUGAGGUCGACGGCAAGCUGACCACCCAUGGAAUGAGGAAAGUGAUGGGAGAAUUGUUCCAGUGCUUGGAGCCAGAAUUCAAGUCCUUUGUCACAUUCUCAGAGAGGAUGGAUAACUUUAAUUCAGUUUACAUGCUGGUUAGGAUAAGCCCUCAUGUCAUGUCCAGCGAAACUCAAGCUAAAUCAGCCUCUUACUUCAGCAUCAUCAUGGCUAACUGUCUAGUCGAGGUCAAACGCAACUUUGAUAAGUACAUGGAUAAUUUGAUCCGCUCUGUGGAGGAAACCCGGAUAUCCAAGAAGAGCAAAUGUGGUAUUCUUCCGUUCGUCAAAGAAUUUGAGACGUUUGCCUGCCAAGCAGAGUCUGUAUUCAAAGGCUCAGACCUGAGAGGGAACCUAGACAAGGCCUACGCUAAGCUGGCCUUGGCCCAGUUUAGGAUCAUCCACAGAGUAGCCCUGGAACACCAGAAGACUCCCAGUGAUGUCAUCAUCUUCGAAAACUUUCAUCAUGUUCACGAUGUUCUAUCGAGACUGAAGAUCACAUGCCUGGAGUCAGAGCGUAAGGAAGCCAAGCAGCAGUAUCAAGAUCACUUACAAUCUUAUGUUAGAGACUCACUGGGAAGACCUAUGGAGAAACUCAAUCAUUUCUUUGAAGGUAUUCAGGUGCUUGUCUCUCAGGGGGUCAAGGAAGAAGAGGUCGGCUAUCAGAUCCAGUUCAGUAAACAAGAACUACGCAAGAUCAUCAAGGAAUACCCACAAAAAGAGGUGAAGAAGAACCUUGAUAACUUGAUCAAGAAAGUUGAGAAGACUCUUUGUGAGGAGGAGAAUCUUAUCCAGGUGGUAUGGCGUAUGAUGCAGGAGGAUUUCAUCCGUCAGUAUAAACACAUUGAGACAAUGAUCGGCCGCUGCUACCCGGGAUCAAAGAUCUUUCUGGAGUUCACUAUUCAGGAUGUCCUGCAGUUCUUCACAGACAUAGCCCAAUCACACUAGAUCCAGGAACUAUUCAGGAUGUCCUGCAGUUCUUCACAGACAUAGCCCAAUCACACUAGAUCCUGGAACUAUUCAGGAUGUCCUGCAGUUCUUCACAGACAUAGCCCAAUCACACUAGUUCCAGGAACUCUUGGGAUCUUCUGGACUGCUUGAAUACCUGCCCAUUUAUUGAAGAUCGAACCUACAAUUAAACGCUUUGUGUUAAGGAGUCCUGGGCCCUGUCAAAUAAAGAGUUGAGAUUAAUCGCAACUUAUUUGCGAUUUAUAUCAAUCGCAACUAUGUACAUAAGAGAUUGAAGACUGCAAACUUGCAAUUGAUUGGAGGACUUAGGAUUGAUAUGGAUUAAUCAUGGCAACUCUCUAUAAGAUGGAGCCUGUUUGUUCACCAUUCAAGAUGUCCUGCAGUUCUUUACUGACAAAGUUCAAUUACACUCGAUCUUGGAACUCCGCAAAUCUUUUUGACGUACUGCCUCAAUUUACCAGUGUGACAACAAGACCUGGUCUCCUCUCUCCCUACCUGUAAUCUAUUUUGUAUCGUUGUAGUCUUAACUUUUUUUUCCAGGAAUACUCAAGAGCUAUAUAUGUUUUAUAUUUUGAAGUCAUGCAUCUUCAUUAGACAAUGCAAAUAUCAUUCCAAAUAAAAAAUAUUUUCUAUGUGUAUUUUGUAAUUGGAAGUUCUUGAUUUGAAAUAUCUUGCCAUUUUAUGAUACUUGUACUUAGUUUGCAUUGUACCCCCACUCUCCUACCAAGAAAGGUAGGAAAGUUAAAACAAAAUGUGGGAAGGAGGAUGCCAUUCAAGGAUAAAGGAGAAACUUCAUGGUGAUAUGGAAUUAUGACUAUUUUAGCAAAGCUUUUUGCUGUUUCAGGUGUUGAUUCUGCAGUGUUCUGGAGAUUUUUUAGACUACAGGUUCACAAGAUUAAAAUUGUACAUUGGCCAAAAGAUAAUUAAUGAGACAUCUGUCAACAUUUGUCUAAGAUCUCUAGAGACCAAGGCAUUGUUUCAUGAAACUGUCACAAGUACAAGUUCGCAGACAUCCCAUUGAAAUGUGUGUGUUAUCAAUAGGAUGUCGGUGAACUUGUACUUUGAAGGUUUUGUGAAACGAUGCCCAAAUUUCCUAGUCUAAUGGAACUUUGGUCUUCUUCACCAGAAGUAUACUUGUCUGCACCCAUGUAGGGUUUUCUUAAAUCUUAAGAUUUAUUACCCAUGAGAUGAAAAUAAUGUAAUGGUACAAAACUCUGCAUUUCACUGCCAGGUGCAUGAAUUAUCAAAUACCUCCAAGGCUCCUACCACAGUAGAUAGGGCAUCGUUUAACAAAAUUGUCAUAAGUUUGCCAACAUCUCAUUGAAGUUCGUUUCAAAGGGUGAUCGGUAAACAUAUACUUCAGACGAUUUCCUUAACCAAUGCCCAGAUAUUCUUUAAUUUUGUGGGCUAUCUUGAAAAUUGCCAAUUGUAUCUUGAUUUCUGUGCAGGUAUUGCAAAGACAGAAUAGCUCUCAUCAUGCUCGGUUGGUCCCACAAUUUAUUUUUUAAAGGGAAAGAAAUGUUCCUGCAUGCGAUGUAAAAUAGGAUGUCAUAUUAAGAAUUUCCUGAAACAAUGCCCAGAUAUUCUUUAAUUCUGUGGGCUGUCUUGAAUAUUGCCAGUUGUAUCAUGAUCUCUGUACAGGUAUUACAAAGACAAAAUAGCUCUCAUCGAACUCUGUACGUCGGUCCUUCGAUUUUUCAAUUUCAAUGGGAAACAAACGUUCCUGCAUGAGAUGUAAAAUAGAAUGUCAUAUUAAGACUUUCUGCGGAAAUCUGAUCUAAUUGCUUAAAAUAGAUUGUAUGCAAGUAGUUCCAAACAAAAAUAUUGUUUUGUAAAGAUAUUGUAGAUUAAGCUCAAAGUGCAAUGAUUAAAAUAUAUCAAAAUGUAAUUAAUCUCUUUGAAA